AUGAGGGUCCUAUGUCUAAGAGCCGUGGCCUCUCGCACCCCUCGAGUCAGUGCAGUCCAAGUCCGAACACUCUGGUGGUGGGGACGGCAGACAGGGAGCCCCUGGUCCCCCGCAGAGGAUUUUGAAGAGCGUGCCAGAAGACAUCACAAAAUUAUGAAAUCAAGAUACUACAAAGUACUUCGGAGGAGAGCGUUAUGGGAGUCAGAAGAUGCAUAUGUUCGACCUUUGCGUCACCAUCGCCUUUGGGCCCACCGCUAUUGCGACUAUAAGCCAUUAUCUUCUACGGGGGCAUCUAGCCAAGGACCAAAAGAGCCUGAUAAUAAACAAGACAAUCAUGCUCAGACCAUAUACAAAGACUUUGAUGCUUUCCGAGAGGCUGUUGACCGUGCUAUAGCGCGAGAUCCAUACGGAACUCUGUUCGGGAGACGGCUCCAGAGUCCACCGUCAGCCAACAACUCAUCGUGGACGUCUUUCUCUUGGUUUUCAGACCCCAAGGAGAUCAAAAAGGAGCACAAUAUUGAAGAGCCAAGCCCUGCUCCAAGUGUGGCUACCAAAGCGGCAGCAGAAACGAGAACGUCUUCUUCCGAAACAGAGCCAGACAAGCAAGAGGUAAGGAAGUCGACUAUUGACGUUGGUGAGGAAGAAUAUGAAUACGACCCAAUCUCCAUGAGAAAGGUUCCCAUAAAGAAGCGUACCGCAGAACCUGAACGGAAGGAAGAGCCUGGACCAGUGCAGUCCUCGGCAGUGCCAGAGCCUGAAAGGCAACCCCAGCGCCGCAAAGAAGAUAAAGCGUCGUCUGACGAGUACUCGAAGCAGCCAUUCUUGAAAAGCCUGUUCUUCCAGGAACAUGGAGUUGAUAUACCAGUCAAGACGUAUAAACCCUACAAGGUCUACGACUAUGGUGCUUCGGAAAAGAACCCGACCGACGAAUAUCCAGCUCCAAGUACAAAAACUGAAGGCCUCCACAGCUCGAGGAAAGAAGAACUACGGGACUUGAUGUCCCGGGCCAAGGGUAACAACAUUGACACAACUGCUCUCUUCACAGAGUUUAGCGAACACCCACAGUCAGAGACCGUCACGAGCGAUAUUACUGCUCCUAAGAUACCCCGAGAAUCGCCUGAGCCCGACGACACUCUCCCGCUGUUCUCAGGAACUACAUACGAAGCAAGAGCUCACAAAGAAGCCGAGACCAAUGCUUCGGAUUGGCUGUUUAGAGAAGGUUUCCGUGAGAGAAAUGAGGACUCAGCAAUUGCAACAAAUUCACAUAGCUCUUCUCUCAAUGAAACAAUCAGCGAAACCAAGAACAAGCUUGAGCCGACCCUCGAAAGAGUGAACAGAAAGACAGCUCUCGAUAAAACUGGCAAGUCGCCACGGCUGCAGACUGCUCUUGACCGGCAAAUAUCUGCAUCCUCGCAGUCCACUUCUUUGACAGAGAAACAAGUCGGAACAAACGACCUACCGGCGGCCUUAACAAGUGAGAAACCAGAGACUGGAGACUCCAAGAGGACAGCCAGAAAAAGACUCGAAACGGAUUUUGAGGCUCGACAGCAAGAUGCCGCGGACGAAAGUAUCGUCUCGCCCAAGACUCCAAAGCUCGAAAUUCCGACUAAAAGAUUGACCAAAACCCUCAAUAAUGUCUGGGAGCACAUUCGGGAGUAUCCCAAUGGAAUCGUAGCCAAAACGAUGAACUCCAUGACGAACUUGAACGAGAAUUACAAGAAGUAUAUUCGGCACGAUGCCGUAAAGGGAUUGACCGACAAGCUCGUCUUUAAAGACGAAUCGCUACCCAAAACUCCGUCCAUUUACAAGUCCAACAUCAAGCCCCAAGGUUUGGCGACUUUCACGCCCUCACACACAGUCCUCGCUGAUGAAAGCAAAGCCAUGCAGCGCACAGCUGACUUGCGUGAGGCGACAGAGAACGCGAAGAAGGAGGAGGAACUGAAAAAGGCCCAAAUGUCGCAGCUGGCUGCAGAUAUACAGGCUGUCUACGAAAGCGAAUAUGGAAACAUCAACGCUGCACACAGGCAGCCAGCACAAGCUUCUCCAGAGGCCGAAACUGUGGCUUCUGCCUCCAGCACGUCUGAGCGCGACCUAGCUCAACCUCACCCACUUUCUACCGCAAGUGUCCGACCAGGGAUCACCACAAACCCAGUGAUUGAUAAUCACAUUGGCAGAUUCGAGCCUAAGUUUGCGAGCCUGGUGGAUGAGGCGAAGCAGAUCCGUGCCGAGCUUCGUGAUGUCGAGGUCAAGGCUCGAGAGGUUGAGGGUUUCCGACAAGCUUCAAGUCAAGCAGAAGUGCAAGAACAAGUAGAGGAAGUGAAGCCGCCUCUUCACAAGCUGAGCGACGUCAUGCAAGGGGCAAAAGAAGUGAGAAGGGAACUACACGAAGCUCAGAAUACGAUAAGACGGAUUGGAAGCCGGAGACCUGCUACUGCUUGGAAUGCUCCUCAGUUGUCAGGCUCCGACUUUGGUAAGAAGAGGAUUGACCUUAAAGUGCAGAAAGGUGUCGAUGCGGUCGAGGGCCCGAGUGAGAGCGAGAAUCAGCAAAACACAGAGAUCGAAUCUAGCACGCAAACGAUUGUGCAGCCUCACAAGGAGGAACCAAAAAUGGUUCCCGAACCGGUCCACACCCCUUCAGGAUCACCAGUGUGGAAUGAUGAGCAACCCCCGCCGAUCGAAAGCAUGAAAAUUAGAAAGUUCGAUUCUCCCUAUCUCAUUCUUACGUACGACACCGCGGCCGAGAAGAUCAACUUCUCUCCCAUGAAUCAACCGACCACUGAAAUGCCCAAAUCCAACAAUGUCAUCGGGAUUUUGGGCCGCCUUAAACAAGCGCCGGAAUUCCUUAAGCAUUUCCAAACCAUGCAGAGAGCAGGAUAUUCGUUGUACAAUGGGACCGAGAAUAUGUUGAUUUUUCAAAAGAAGCAAGCAGAACCCGUCACAACUUCAAGUAUGACACAGGCUGCAAAGGAGAAAACAUCCGGGGUUGAUAUUUCUUCUCGGCUACCAGAUCAAGAAACUGCUACGGUGUUGGAGGAGCUGCCAACCGAGUUGGAUCCGGUCCCUGGCCCAGCAGCUCCCACAGCGCCUGUACCCUGUCGUGUUGGCAAUCAACCAAGAGUGCGAAGGCAGGAGAAUGUGUUCUCUGGAACCAUCCGUCCGAAUGCGUUGUCAUCCUCGUCGCCUCCUCCGGCGCCAGACGAAAAAUUGGCAGCAUCAGACUUAGCCAGGGGCCGUCAUGAUACACAAGACGAGGGUCUCUUGAAACGGUUCAUGCGCAGAGUUAAGUACACAGUGUUGACUCUGGCGGCGCUCGGUUUUGGUGCCUACUCGAUUGGUUUUGUUGCAGAAGGGCUUAGUGCUCAUAACCAACAACAAAGAGGGAUUGAUAAUGGAGAUGUCCAGGGACCGAGAAAACGGAUUGUCCUAACAGGUCAAAGACCGGGAAUCUUUAGCACAGAGAGUUCCCGGUAA